AUGGAAGACAUCAUGGCUCAGCCCUUCAUCUUCUAUGAAUCAGACGCCAGCCCCGAGAGGCAGCAACGGCAGCACAUCUUCAACCCUUUUCCCUACCAGAUGAACAUGCUCCCCGUUGUGCCGCCGGUGCCGUCGACGCCCAUCUACUCCAGACGCAACUCGGGCUGCCUCCAGUCACCCAUGCAGCACAAGCCGUUCCUCAACCUCGACAGCAUUACCAGCAUGCCUGUCCCUCAGGUGCUCACGCCAAUGGCCUCUCCUCAGCCCAUUUCCCACGCCAGACCCGCCAUCAAGCUGCAAACCGAGAUGGGCGACUACUGCGGCAUGCCGCCAAGCCCUCCGCUGACGCGUUCCAACAGCGCUGCCAGCAGCCCGCGCAGCUGUGACUUGCUCCAGACUCCGUGCAACCCCAUGGUGUCGGGAAUGGACGGCCUCGAGCUCAAGCCUGCUGGUCACGAAAUGAAGCCUUAUUCUCCUCCUCUUACACCUGUGUACCUUCCCGACCAGGCCCGCAUCCAGGUGCCCAUGCUCCCCUCCAAUGACCUGAGCCUCAACACGCCAACCCCCACCGCCAGCGGCCUUCUUACUCCUACUCCCACCUACACCACGCUGCUCUCGCCUGCCGCGUCGCCGCUCGUGCAGCCGGCCUCCAUCUUCCCGGUCCCCGUCGACGGCGUCUGUGAUCCGCGCGAGCUUACCGUGGGCACUGUCAAUUCCACCCUUGCUCCCGAGUACUUCCCCACCAUUUACUCCCCCGACGAGGAGGACCGCGACUACUUCUCCCAAGGCAUUGCCCCGCAGAGACUCGCUACCCCCUUCGACUACUCGUUCAACCCCCAGCUCACUGCUGGCCUUCCUGUCUUUGACAUCCUCUCCGUCCUGACUGACAUUGACUCGGAGGACGAGUCUCCCUUCACCAGCGGCUCUUGCUCCCUGGUCGAGAGCUCCCCCAGCGUUAGCAGCCGCUCGCGCUCCAGCUCCGGCGCUGCUUCGCUCGACCAGUCCAGCCUUUUCUGCGACGAACUUGAGGACAUGCACGACAUUGAGUCGGUUGAGGACGACUGCUGCUCCGAUAGCGAGGCCCGCCCCAGCAAGAGGGCAAGGCACGCACGCAAGUCCACCAUGGACGUCGCUGCCGACAACCAGACCGCCAGCACCGAGAAGCAGGCCCCGGUCAGCGAACACACCCAGCAGGCAGCCAGCGCCGAGGCUGAAAGCAACAACACCGAGUCCAACGCGACCACCGAAUCCUCGGUCGAGGCUGGCGAGCAGGCGUCGACGCCGCUCCCGGUGCCCACCAACCGCCGCGGCCGCAAGCAGUCCUUGACCGAAGACCCUUCCAAGACCUUCAAGUGUGACAUUUGCAACCGUCGUUUCCGCCGCCAGGAGCACCUCAAGCGUCACCACCGGUCUUUGCACACUCAGGACAAGCCUUUCGAGUGCGGCGAGUGUGGCAAGAAGUUUUCUCGUUCCGACAAUCUGUCUCAGCAUGCCCGUACCCAUGGCUCUGGCUCGCUUGUCAUGGACUUGAUCAACGACCCCGAACUGAUGGGCAUGCACCACCCCGGUUUCAUCCAUCAUCCGAUGAUGGGUCCAGCCCUCACCAGCGAGGACUGCCACACUUUUGGCAAGGUCCUCUUCCAGGUUGCUUCCGAGGUUCCAGGCAGCGGCAGCGAGUCAUCGGACGACAGCGAUGUCAACAAGAAGAAGCGGAGGAGAGGCGAGUGA